GGUUUGGGCUCUACAUGACUGUCUUGGAGUUGCCUUUUGCCUUAACUUCAUGAAGACCCUGAAGAUGCCUCACUUUAAGUCCUGCGUCAUUCUGCUGGUCCUCCUCCUCGUCUACGACGUCUUCUUUGUUUUCAUAACUCCUUUUUUCACACCGAAUCAUGAGAGCAUUAUGGUUGAGGUGGCAACAGGAUCUGGAGCCGGCACUGGUGAGAAGAGUACGGGAAACAACUUGAUGGAACUUGUAGCACCAGUGCCUCAUGUUGAAAAAUUGCCUGUAAUAAUCAGAGUGCCAAGGCUGGUGCCGUCUGUUGCGACCUUGUGUGGAUUGCCUUUUUCUGUGCUUGGCUUUGGAGAUAUUAUAGUACCAGGGUUAUUGGUUGCUUACUGUCGAAGAUUUGAUGUUCAGACAAACGGGGCCAACAUCUACUUCAUUCUGUGUACAAUAGCAUACGCAUUCGGCAUGGUUUUGACCUUUGCUGUCCUGAUCGUGAUGAAGAUGGCGCAGCCUGCUCUGCUCUACCUUGUACCGUGUACUCUCAUCACCUGUACUCUGACAGCCUUGGCACGCAAGGAAAUGAGAAAGUUUUGGGCAGGAAGUGGUUAUGAGGUUUUGGAUGUCACCAGGACCCCAUUGUUACAAGGUGGGACACCAGUAAAGGACACAGGAGUGACACCACUGCUUUACUAUUCGGGGUUUGCAGCGGACGAUGAUCCCAGUUGGUACAGCGAGCGAAGAGGCUGAUGCUAGUCUCAUUGAGCCAGUGUCUGAAAAUCCCUGAAAGAUGUCCCUUGCUGCCUUACAACUACUAAUCUUCUAUUUAUAUAUAUUUUACCACCAAAUAAUUAGGAAACUCUGGGGGAAAUCCAGAAUUUGAUUACCUGACAAACUACUAAUGUCUCUGGCUCUAAGCACAAGUUUCUACAUUGGAGUAUUUUUGUAAUGACUAAUGAUUUUCCUGAAUCUAAGAAUCCAUCAUGUACUUUUCCUGCUUCAGAAACUUUGAUAUAAAUGUCAUUGAUAAACUUUUUUUUACAUGAAACUUUGGUUAAUCUGGUCAAACUUCUCUGGUUGCUCUUGCACCAGCAUGCUUGGCUUAGAAUCACUCAGAAGAAAGUUGGGAAGGCAGACAGACAGACACAAAUGUCUGAACAAAGCCAAAUGAUUAUUGAAAAUGAACCCCAGAUUUCAUGACAAUAUUUCAUUCAGUCACUUAAUAGUUCCUGUGCACCAUCCAAUUUAGAGUGACAGAUAGGAUGGUCACUACCCCAACCAGACAGGUUUGACCAUGUGAAGGCCUUCUGAAGAUGUUGCUGCAUGUGAGGGUAAAGAUUAACCUGCACUGUUGUGUAAUGUGAUUUGCAUCUAACUUUGAUUAUUGGAAUACAUUCUGUGGAACAGGGUGUACUAAAGUUUGUAGAGGAACUGAAAUCCUACGUGUUGCAAUUUGAAUAAAGGAAUGUAACUUCAGAAUUAUUUUAUUAAAUACAUGUUGAAAUGGC